AUGUCCGAGCGCGGCGGCUUCUACCGGCAGGAGCUGAACAAGACGGUGUGGGAGGUGCCCCAGCGCUACCAGAACCUCACCCCCGUCGGCUCCGGCGCCUACGGUUCCGUCUGCUCAGCUUAUGAUACCAAAACGAGACAGAAGGUGGCAGUGAAAAAGCUUUCAAGACCUUUUCAAUCACUUAUCCAUGCCCGGAGGACCUACCGAGAACUUCGGCUGCUUAAGCACAUGAAGCAUGAGAAUGUUAUAGGACUGCUAGAUGUUUUUACACCUGCAACAUCAAUAGAAAACUUCAAUGAAGUAUAUCUUGUGACAAAUUUAAUGGGUGCUGACCUGAAUAACAUUGUGAAGUGCCAGAAGUUAACAGAUGAUCAUAUACAGUUUCUUAUCUAUCAGCUACUUCGAGGUCUUAAGUACAUUCACUCAGCUGGAAUCAUCCAUCGGGACCUGAAGCCCAGUAACCUAGCUGUAAAUGAAGACUGUGAACUGAGGAUUUUAGACUUUGGUUUAGCUCGUCAAACUGAUGAUGAAAUGACUGGAUAUGUUGCAACAAGAUGGUACAGAGCUCCAGAAAUUAUGCUAAACUGGAUGCACUACAAUCAAACAGUUGACAUAUGGUCGGUUGGAUGUAUCAUGGCAGAGCUAUUGAAGGGAAAGGCUCUAUUUCCAGGAAAUGAUUAUAUUGAUCAGCUAAAGAGAAUAAUGGAAGUUGUGGGCACACCCAGUUCAGAACUUCUCAAGAAGAUAUCAUCAGAACAUGCAAGAAAAUACAUCGAAUCUCUUCCACAUAUGCCUCAGCAGGAUUUGAAAGCAGUGUUUCGUGGUGCCAAUCCGUUAGCUGUAGAUCUUCUUGAGAAGAUGCUUAUUUUAGACAGCGAUAAAAGGAUCACUGCCUCGGAAGCGCUUGCACAUCCCUACUUUGUACAGUAUCACGAUCCAGAUGAUGAACCUGAGGCUGAGCUGUACGACGAGUCCAUAGAGAACAAGGAGCGAACCAUAGAUGAAUGGAAAGAACUUACCUAUGAAGAAGUGAAUAGCUUUAAACCACCUGACUUAAAAAUGGACAGCCUGGAGAUAGAACAGUGA